AUGACAGAAGAAAACAAGUUUCUAUAUACUCCAAUACCCCAAUUUGAUGGUUAUUACGAACAUUGGGCCAUGUUGAUGGAAAAUCUCAUUCGAUCGAAGGAGCUAUGGUCAUUGAUUGAAAACGGAGUCACCUUGACACCGGCAAACGCCACCGUUGAACAACAACAAGCAGCUGAAGCCAACAAACUGAAAGAUUUGAAGGUGAAGAAUUAUCUCUUUCAAUCAAUUGAAAGAUCCAUUAUUGAAACGAUUCUUAUUCGUGAAACGACCAAAGAUAUUUGGGAUGCGAUGAGGAGAAAGUACCAAGGAUCAACAAAGGUGAAACGUGCUCACUUGCAAGCACUGAGGCGUGAAUUCGAGGUUCUUGAGAUGAAAGAAACUGAAACUGUGAAUCAAUACUUCGCAAGAACAUUGGCUAUAGCAAAUCGAAUGUUAGCACAAGGUGAAACACUGCAAGAACUGCAAGUUGUUGAGAAGAUCUUAAGAUCAAUGCUUGCAAGAUUCAACUAUGUUGUUUGCUCGAUUGAGGAAUCGAACGAUGUAACUACUAUGUCCAUUGAUGCUUUGCAAAGCAGUCUUAUUGUGCAAGAAAGUAGAAUGAAAAGGCAAGUUGAAUCAGGAGAGGAACAAGCCUUGAAGGUAUCAAAUCCAGGCAUAGGAUUUGGGAGAGGAAGAGGUCGUGGCAGAGGAAGACAAACCAAAGAAUUUGUAGAAUGCUUCAAAUGUCACAAAUUUGGCCAAUACCAAAAUGAGUGCUCAGAAUUGGAAGAUUCUGGCUGUAGCAAUCAUAUGAUAGGACAUAAAGAAUGGUUCUUUGAUUUUGAUAAUAACUAUAGAGAUUCUGUCAAGAUGGGUGAUGAUUCUAGAAUGGCAGUUAUGGGGAAAGAAUGUAUUGUGAUCAAUCCUAUGUGCCUAAUUACUGCAAAACAAGAGUCCAUACAGUUAUGGCAUGGUAGAUAUGGUCACUUGAGUUACAAAAGGUUGAAUACCUUGUCUAAGAAGCAAAUGGUUAAGGGUCUACCAGAUUUCAAGAAGAAAGGAAAGGGAAAGAGUAGCUGGGCAAAUGGUUUUAAAUCCAAGAUAGAUGAUAAACCUGAAUCUUCCAAAGGAGGAGGGUUUGUUAAGAAUCAAAACAAGAAAAAGAAGAGCUUUGAUAAGAGUAAGCCAAAUUCCAACACUGAUACGUGUCUUAAGGAAUGGUGCAAUUCUGAUUAUGUAGGAAAUUUAGAUGACGGGAAAAGCACAACUGGUCAAGAGAAUGCAUCUGCUGUUUCUUAUGCUUGUCAAGGAAUAUGGUUGAAGAAUGUGUGGAGUUACUUGAAGCUGAAGCCAUCAGGAUGCACUGUGAUCUACUGGAUAAUAGCUCCUCCAUCAAGCUUUCUAAGAACCUUAUCAUGCAUGGAAGAUGUACGAGGUGUCACUUCCUUAGAGAGCUCACUAAGGAUGGAACAAUUGAACUUGUGUACUGUUGAAGUAAUGAUCAGCUAG